AUGCCGGUUUAUUUUGUGACUUGUAUGUUUUCCAUUUGCCUCCGAGUAGGGUUAAGAGAACGUCUGAAGAGUGGCCAAGACAUCAUAGUAGCCGAGGGCUAUUUGUUAGAACUAGAGAGGCGAGGCUAUUUACAAGCCGGAGCAUUUAUUCCGGAAGUAGUUUUAGAACAUCCAGAGGUCGUCAAAGCUCUUCACGAAGAAUUUGUGCACGCAGGAAGUGACGUAGUAGUGGCAUUUACCUAUUAUGGUCAUCGUGCGAAGCUCAAAGUCAUCGGUCGUGAGGAUGACCUGAUUGAACUUAAUUUACGUGCCCUGAGGAUGGCCAAAGAAGUGGCAGUCAAAACUGGCACCUUGAUGGCAGGGGAUAUCUGUAACACCACUGUGUUUCGCAGGGACGAUCCAAAUUCCGUAGAGGAGGUUAGGGAGAUAUUUCGGGAACAAAUACAAUGGGCUGUACAAUGUGGGGCAGAUUACAUGAUUGCAGAGCGGUUCCAUGAGUUUGCCGAGGCCAGGUUGGCACUUGACUGUAUCAAAGAAUAUGGAAAUGGCUUGCCAGCAGUGGUGACAUUGGCACCGCAUGAAAAAGACGAAACAAAAGAUGGUCUUUCUUUUCCGGAGGCCUGUAAACUUUUAGAGGAGGCAGGUGCAGAAGUGGUGGGCCUUAAUUGUUGUAGAGGUCCAACCACAAUGCUUCCUCUGCUAAGAGAAAUUCGGAAAGUAUGCAAGGGACCUAUUGCCGCACUCCCAGUUCCGUAUCGAACGACCCCUGAGGAACCCACCUACGAGACUUUGGUUGAUCCUGAUACAGGCAAGUCUGCAUUUCCCGUUGACCUCCCGCGAUUUUUCUGCAGCAUAACACAGAUUGCAGAGUUUGCAAAGCAGGCUAGAGAAAUUGGUGUGCAGUACUUGGGUCUGUGUUGCGGAAACGCUUCACAUUACACUCGAGUAGUGGCGGAGGAAUACAACAGACGGCCGCCUGCCAGUAAAUAUGCACCAGAUAUGUCAAAGCAUUACAAGUUUGGAGCGAAGGAGUUUGUAAAGAAACACCAUGAUUUGUGAUGCCGUAAUUGACUGCUUUAUUACUCCCAAACUUUUUUUGUGAAAUA